AUGAAGAAUCAAUCUGUGGAGAUUGUAUUCAUUUUGCUUGGAUUGACAGACGACCCUCAGCUACAAAUUCUGAUUUUCCUGUUUCUGUUUUUCAAUUAUAUCUUGAGCAUGAUGGGGAACUUAGUGAUCAUCUUCCUCACCCUGAUGGAUCCUCAUCUCAAGACUCCAAUGUACUUUUUCCUUCGGAAUUUUUCCUUCUUAGAAAUUGCAUUCACAACUGCCUGUAUUCCACGCUUCUUAAUGAGCAUUCUCACUGGAGACAGGACAAUUUCCUACAAUUCUUGUGCAGCUCAAUUAUUCUUCUUUUUUCUCUCACUAAUCACAGAGUUCUACCUCCUGGCUGCCAUGUCCUAUGAUCGCUAUGUAGCCAUCUGCAGACCACUGCACUACCCUAUCAUCAUGAACAGCAAAGUGUGUCACCUACUGGUUCUCAGCUCCUGGGUAACUGGGUUCUUAGUUAUCUUCCCCCCUUUGCUCUUGGGACUCAAACUGGAUUUCUGUGCCUCCAAAACAAUAGACCACUUCCUGUGUGACACUUCUCCUGUCCUGCAACUGUCUUGUACAGACACACAUUUCAUAGAAUUGAUGGCUUUUGCCUUAGCUGUCAUGACACUUAUCAUCACCUUGAUCUUAGUGAUUCUCUCCUACACACUCAUCAUCAUAACCAUCCUAAAAUUCCCUUCAGCUCAACAAAGGAGAAAGGCCUUUUCCACAUGCUCCUCACACAUGGUUGUUGUCUCCAUUACUUAUGGGAGUUGUAUGUUCAUGUACAUGAAAACAUCAGCCAAGGAGAGGGUGGCUUUAAAUAAAGGUGUAGCUGUGCUCAAUACCUCUGUGGCCCCUUUGCUAAACCCUUUCAUUUACACCCUAAGGAACCAGCAGGUGAAGGAUGCUUUCAAGCAGGUGCUUCACAGAUUGUGCUAUUCUCAAAACAGUGAAUUGAGAUUUAGGCUUAAAUAG